AUGACCAUCAAAACCCGCAUCUGUGUAAUCUCCGACACCCACACUCUAACCCCCAACCCAGCCCCAAACACCACAAACCCCUACCGACAUCCCCUGCCCAGCUCCGACGUCCUCCUACACGCCGGCGACAUAACCAAAGUAGGGCUAAAAGCCGAACACGAAGUGAUCCUAGCCAUGCUGAAGGCGGCGCCGGCGGAGCUGAAGCUAGUCGUAGCCGGGAACCACGACAUCACACUAGACGAAGAAUACUACAUGCGGAUCGGGCACUACCGCCACCGGUACAGGACCGACCACACGGCAGCGUCGGCGACGGCGGGGAAGGAGAACGUAGGGGAAGAAGGGCGGGUGGAGUCUGUCCGGGCGAUCAAGGCGCUCUGGACGAGCGAGGAGGCCAUGAACGCCGGGAUCAGGUAUAUGGAAGAAGGUGUGCAGACGUUUACGUUGGGCAAUGGGGCGCGGUUCACAGUUUAUGCGUCGCCGUAUACGCCGGAGUUCUGUCAGUGGGCGUUUGCGUAUGAUCGCGAUACGGACCGGUUUAAUGGCCCGCGGUCGACGUCGGAGGGCGUGUUUGUGCCGCCGAAUCCGGUGCCGGAUCAUGGGGUGGAUAUCAUGUUGACGCAUGGGCCGCCGUAUGGCAUCUUGGAUAAGGUGGUGGGGUCGCAUGCGAGUGUGGGCUGUGAGCAUCUGUUUCGCGCUGUGGAGAGGGCGAAGCCUCGGUUGCAUGUUUUUGGGCAUAUACAUGAAGCAUAUGGGGCGACGCGGCUGGAGUGGAGCACGCGGAAUCAGUCGAUGAUUCAGUGUGAUAAGGAGACGACGCUUGAGGAUCGGUGUGCGUAUACGGAUGUCAGUGGGGAUUCGAAGAGUCCGCUGAGGGUGGGUGACGAGACGCUGUUCGUCAAUGCGAGCGUGGUGACGGUUCAGUACCAGGCUGUGAACGCACCGUGGCUGGUGGAUCUGGAGCUUCCUUCGAAGUAG